AGCGGAGAAAGGAAAAAUGGCGGCCAUGACGGCUGGAGGAAAGUUGGGGAAAGCCGGGCCUAAGUGUACUAACUGCUUACCCGCGGGUGAGAGUGUCGGCGCCGUCCAUGGAUGGAGGAUCGCGAUUGGGACUAAUCACUAAGGUGGUAAACGGGGGAGGCCCAUCAGAACCCGCGGAUUGGAAACGCUAAAUCUUCGGUGGGCAAGAUGGAGUAAGGCGUGGUUCAGUAGGUUGUGUAUUGAUUGUGUUUGUUGUGGAUUGUGACAAUGUGGGGAGAGGAAUUGGUCACUGAAUUGUCUGUACCCCGGGGGCUGAAAUUGAGAGCUGGAGAAGUUCUGCGGAGGUCUCCAGACCCUGGGGACAUCCCUACCAGCACCAGCAGGCAGAGCUACGUCCGCCAGCCGCACACCACGCCCGAACUCGCAGUUAGUCCAACUGGUACGUACCUGGGUGCCUCACUGCCUCUGGGGACAGGCGAAUCCCCGCGGGGUAAGGACCAAUGCCAGCUCAGCCGCCAGCGUGCCCAGUCAGCUGCCGCUCAUUUCGGCCUCCGGAGUCAUUCCGGGACUUCCGUCGCCUUGGUAAGUUACGGCAAAAAUACGCCCAGCGAGUCAGCGCCGGCACUGCGGCACUGCGGCACUGCGGCAGAGCCUUUGUCCGCAUCCCACUUGGCCCUUGGCUUCGUACUGGCUCGGCAGUCGCUUCUUCCCCGCGGUUCGUUCGCACUUCUCUCCACCAGUCCUCCUCAUCUCCCUGCAGCGGUGCAGCCACGCCAGGUUCGUCUCUUGGUCCCUCUUGGUUCCUCCUAGUCCGUUCCCCGGUGGAUGCUGAGCAUCCCGUCCUUCAUUGCGUCGCUUACACAAGUAGUUCAAUCUCCGCAGUCCUUGUUCAGUGCUUAUCGUCUCCGUGUCAGACCAAUGCUUACCAUC